AGACCGCUCGUCGGCGACGCCGGCGCAAUGACCAUUUGUCAGUUCUUCCUUCAAGGCCGGUGCCGCUUUGGAAACCGGUGCUGGAACGAACAUCCCGGCUCCGGGGGUGCGGUCGGGGGACGGCAGCCACAGCCCUCAGGUAGUAACAGACGCGGAUGGAAUACCACCAGCCAGAGAUAUUCCAAUGUUAUCCAGCCAUCCAGUUUCUCCAAAUCCACACCAUGGGGGGGCAGCAGAGAUCAAGAAAAGCCAUCUUUCGGUUCUUUUGAUUCUGGAGCUUCAACUAGUAGGAACAGGGGGUUUGCAUUGUCUCAGAAUCCAUUUGCUUCACCUAGCUCUGAUGAAGACAAAGAUGAAAAGAAACUUCUGGAAGGAAUUGUAAAAGAUAUGGAAGUUUGGGAAUCAUCAGGGCAGUGGAUGUUUUCUGUUUAUUCACCAGUGAAAAAGAAAUCUAAUAUUUCAGGUUUUACAGACAUUUCACCAGAGGAGUUGAGGCUUGAAUACCAUAACUUCUUAACCAGCAAUAACUUACAGAGUUAUCUAAAUUCCGUCCAACAGUUAAUAAAUCAGUGGAGGAACAGGGUAAAUGAAUUGAAAAGUCUAAAUACAUCAACUAAAAUAGCUUUGCUCUCCGAGGUAAAGGAUGGAGUAAAUCAAGCAGCACCUACAUUUGGAUUUGGCAGUAGGCAAGCAGUAACAUUUGGGUCACCAGGUUUUCCAGUGAAUAACAGCAGCAGUGGUAGUGCUCAGAAUUUUAGUUUUAAACCAAGCUCUGGAUUUGCCACUGCCACUUCUGGAAGCGCUUCUGUGUCCCAGAAUACUCCAGCAUUUGGAGCUGCACCCUCUGCCAGUUCUGCCAUCACUACUUCUACUCCAGCUUUUGGAUUUAGAAAACCUGAAAUCACAUCUGCUGCUUCAUUUUCAUUUAAAAGCCCUGCAGCUUCUGGUUUUGGAUUGCCCGGAUUUUCAGGAUUUCCAGCUUCCAUGGCAGCAGGCCCCGUGGGAGUUCCCGUGGCCCCAGCCUUUGGAAGCAGCAGUUCUGUGGCUGGUUUUGGUGGCGCAGGCUCCCGUUCUCACACUGCUUUUUCCAAGUCAUCCGGUGAUGCCUUUGGAAUUAGCAGCAUGUCUGCCUCUCUCCCUGUCUCAAGUGGCAGCACCACCACAGAUAAUGUGUUAUUCACACCCAAGGAUCAACUGACAGCAGAAGAACUGGAGCAAUUUCAAUCCAAGAAAUUUACUCUGGGGAGAAUUCCAUUAAAGCCACCACCUGUGGAACUUCUAAAUAUUUAAAAGGGCAAUUUCAAAAACAGAAAAGAACAGCUUUUAAAAUUGUUUUGAGUUGUUCAUAUAAAAGAGCAGACACAUAUAGAUGUAUAUCUAUGUAUAUAUACACAUAUAUAUUUAUAAUGAAUAUAAGCUUUCAGUAACAAUUUCAGGGGUUUUGAAAUUUAACGUUUUUUUCUCAAGCCUAACUAUUUAAGUAAAACAACUAAAAAUACUCAGCAAGAGAUUUUUUUUGCUAUAAUUAUGAAUGGAACUGAAAAAACUGAGUGUGCACUGAGUGAAGUACUUUCCUCACUCUACAUCAUUUUACUGUCUUACCCUUUAAAUUUUUACCUUUAAACAUUUUUUGGGGGGGGGAAUAAUUUCUAGAACCAUUAAGGGAAAAAAAUGCUUAAAUAUUUAGUCUACUUAAUAAUUAUCAGCGGCAUGACAUUCAUGUUAGAGAAUAUAAUCUCAAAGGAAGAAAUAACAGUUUUUAAAGGGUAAACGCUCUCAUUUUUAGGACCUAGGAGGCAUUUUCCCCUCAUAAUUUUGUUUCCCCCUCAAUUUUCACUAUCUCAUGGACCACCAUUUGAGUUUUCUUCAAAAAUUUUAAGCUACUUUUUGUCUUGGCCUAGUUUUUAUAUAAUGCUAUUUAUUCCUCACAUUAUCUCAUCAAGUGGAUGGAUUGUAAGAGGAACAGAAAUUGUGAUCUCAUGUGAAUAAAUAGUGUUUGAAGAGGGGUCAGGAUUUACCAGCUCUGUUUCUAUAGCUUCUAUUAGAAUUCUCAGACAUAUUUAGAUUUCCCUGUUCUCAGAGUGAGAAAGUAAUAUCUUGUACGUCUUGUAGAUGGUUGAUCCAAGAAACCAAAACCUGUCAUGAGUUGAGGCAUAUGUGUCAAGAGUUCUGUGCUCCUUUCUCAAGCCUCAAAAAUUACACAGCCUGCACUAUGAGAACAGUUGCCUAACAGAUCUGAUAUUGAGCUGACUUUUUAAAGUGAAAAUAUAACCUUACCUAAUAAAAGAUACACACUUCCAAUGAUUUUAGUACAUAUGCAAAGGAUUCAGUCCUCAGAAGUUCUGGAUUCUCUAUUACACUUUUUGAACAACUGUACGACUCCAACUACCCCAGCAUUUUGGAUAGAAUCUAUACCCAAGGGAUAUAUGUUUGCAACCAUCCUAAGUUCCUGCUUUGGUCUCAAGCUCUAAAGACUUUCUGAUGUUUGUUCCAACUUACAGUUGACUCCUAGAAUUUUGCUACUCCAACGGAAUGAGCCCUGUGCUACCUAUAGGUUGGUUAUAUGACAGCCUCCCUUGGGUCCUAAGUGAACUUCCCAGUGUCCUGGAAGCUCUGAGGAUGCAGGUUAAUGGCCCAGACCUUCUAAACUUGCCUGAUUAUAAAAAGCAUUUUGCUAA